GAAUAGUGACCUAAGUGCACGCAAUUCGAUGGUGUGAUCGUGGAGCGGAGGUUUGGUACGAUCGUGCGACAGAUCGUGGGGCGGAGUGAACCAUCCGACCAGAAUGCAGCUCGUGAAUCGUGGCCAUCGAAGCAGCAGCACGGUCAGUGCCGACGGGCACCAGUUGCCAUCAGCGACCGCGACGGACAUUGCACUGAUGCGAUGGACUUCGCGCGGAUUCACGGCCAUCCCGGUUGAGCCGGACGAUACGGUGUCCACCGGCAGCUCCUCGACCGUUGAUUCACUCGUCGCCACCUCCCAUAACGGGUCGGCACCGGUUGGUGUGAUGCCCAGUGCUCCAACUGCCGGUGGCGCACCGCAAAUCGAGUACCUGACGCUAGACACUGCCACCGGGGGGCAGUAUGGUAGCGGUGCAGCAUCGGACGGUGGCAACGGAAGCUGGCUCGGGGCGACACCCCAGCUGGCCCACCACAAAGGGCAGCGGCGAACGAAGCAGCAUCGCCAUGGCAAUGCUGCGUCAUCUUCGGCCUCUGCCUCGAUACAACCGUCCACCGCGUCGUCUACCUCCUGUCUGCGCGACUGUCUGCUGUGUCGGUGCUGUCGAAGUGCGAACAUGGACGAGCAGAAGGAAGCCAGCGAUCAGGAGGAAGGCAAUUACGAGUACUGUGAGCUGGAGGAGAUCGUGUCCCCGCCGAAGUACCGACCGGAAUCGAUAGCAGCCCUGUGCGAGGCGACCCGUUUUACCGAGGCAGAAAUCAAGCGGAUCUACCGUGGCUUCAAGGCAGAAUGUCCGGCCGGCAUCAUACGGGAGGAAACGUUCAAGUUCAUCUACUCGCAGUUCUUCCCACAAGGAGCCAAUACAGGUUUAUAUGCACAUUACGUGUUCAACACUUUAGACAAGGAGCAUACAGGCAUUCUUAGCUUCGAGAACUUUGUCCAGGGACUGUCGAUACUGUCGCGUGGCACGCUAGAGGAGAAGCUAUGCUGGACGUUCUCGCUGUACGACAUUAACCACGACGGGAAGAUAACGCGCGAAGAAAUGACGGACAUCGUGACGGCCAUCUACGAGCUGAUGGGUGCCCGGGACGAUGGUGGUACCGAUGAGGUUAACAUCAAAAGCAAGGUGGACACAAUUUUCCAGAAGAUGGAUACCAAUCAGGACGGUGUGAUCACGAUCGAGGAGUUUCUCGACUGCUGCCGGAAGGAUCAACUAAUCUCCAGCUCGAUGGGUGUGUUCGAUUCGACCAUAUGACCGCUGGAAAAACUUCACACACUGCCCGACUAUGUGCUAGAGCGGGGCAGUGACGGGGCGGGGUACGAGGAUGACUCGGACCAGGAACCGAAGGGUGACGACAGCAACGAAAACUCGAACGAGAGUAGUUUGCAAACGGCAAGUAAGUAUGCGGACACUAAGGGGGAGCGCAUCGGCACGGUUGACCAGCAAAAGCGCGAACGGAUGUAAUUGUAACAUUUUAUCACUUAUCUUCCUUAUCUGCUUGGAAGCGCAAUUGGUGUUUGGGUUGUACAUUUAUAAUAAAACGUAAGAAGU